AUGUAUAUCUCAAAAUUCUUAUUAUUAUCAUUGGUUUCAAUGAUUUCAGUUGCUUUGAUUAGUGGUCAUGGAUAUUCAAUUUAUCCAAUGGCCCGUCAAACUUUAUGUCCAAAAGGUAAUAUUUGGUGGCCAGCAAAUGGUGAUGGUAUUACUGAUGAUGCUUGUAAAGCAGCUUUCAAACAUGUAUAUGACAAGGGAAAUAACGCACAAUUCCAAUUUGUUCAAAUAAAUGAAUUCUCAAUCAAUAUCCCAAACUAUGCUCAAGGUGAUAGUGCAUUACAAGCCUCCGUUCCAUCUGCUUUAUGUUCUGCAUAUGCCACCAGUUCCUCAAAUGAUAAAAGUGGUAUGUCUAUUGCCGCCCCAUGGACUGUUACAAACAUUCCAACCACAUUAGGUGCCACCCACGUUAAUUUCACUUAUACUUUUUGUGCUACUGCUACCCACGAGCCAAGCUAUUGGGAAUUCUAUGUAAGCAACCCAGGUUUUAACCCAGCUACCACUGAAUUAAAAUGGUCAGACUUAACAAAGUUCCAAACUUUCCCAAAUACCGCUAAUAUUCCUUUCUCACAUCCAGCUUGCACUGCCACUAAAGGUUAUGCUUUCAAUCUCUCAUUACCAACUCGUUUCUCCAAUUCAGUUUUAUUAGUACGUUGGCAAAGAAUUGACCCAGUCGGUGAAACUUUCAUCAACUGUAGUGAUUUUAAAUGCGUUGCUUAA